AAAUUAUCUCAGUCGCCCCUGUUUUUUUUUACGUGCUGCGCGGAGUUGCAUGCAAAAAUAGGGUGUUUUUUUGGCGUGAAAAUGCGUAAAUAAUUGCGAGGAGUGGUUGUGCUUGAUUGGAAAACAAUUACUUGAGGACACAGCGAACGGGCGUGCGAGGAAGCGUGGGAUUUGUGCAGGAAACGCGUGUGCGAAGAGGUGGUUGAAAUGUCAUCGCGGGUGCUGAAGAAGCUCCACGGGGAAGAGCUGGAGAUCAAGCAGCUGGCGGACGAUCAGCUGUCUGACGUGGACACGGAGAUUUCGGGUGGCGCUAAGAAGAAGCAGCUCAACAUCAAUCGCUAUGAUUUGCUGAACCAGCAAUCGCCGUCGGAGAGCGAGGUGAAGGAGGAUGACAACGAGACGGAGCACGCCUCGGCGGCCAGCAAUGCUCAUGCCUGCGAGCAGGCGAAGAAGAAGAAGAAGCGCAAAAAGAGGAAGGCAGGGAAGCAGUCCAGCGCGCACAGGCGUAGCUCAGAGGACAAUGCUGACAUUGACGUGAUCACGAAGACUGUCCGGGAGGUGGACAAACUCUUUGGCGAGUCUUACGUGUUGCCGGCGUCGCCAGUGUCGAAGAGCGCCUGCGAGGUGGCCGGGAAGUCGCUGCUGUCGGUGCAGCACAAGAACCUGAAUCCCUCAUACGAGAUGAAGAGGAUGUUCGGCUGUCGUGUUGUGCAGGCGGAGCAGGCGAAGCGGCGCAACACGCGCGGCCAGCGACCGCUCAAGUCCACCUGGCUGGUGAAUGUGAAGGAGAACUGGCCUCCGGUAGGCAAGACGGGCAUCUCGAUGAGUGUGGUGGCGAACCCCGAAGUGGCUGGGACGUCUCGUGUGCCAGAGAAGCACGUCACAUACUUCACAUUCGAGCACAGUCCGUCGUAUCGGCAGCUGCAGAACAAAUUCCUGGCCGCCGUGGAGAGCAUGGACUCAGACAACAUCAUCCAGAUCAUCAACCAGCAGCCCUACCACGUGGACUCGCUGAUCCAGCUGAGUGAGCUGUGCAAGAUGUCCGAGGACAACGCCAUGGCGUCGGAUUUGAUUGAGCACGCCAUCUUCUCGCUCGAGUCCUCCUUCCACAACCUCUUCAGCCUCACUUCCGGGCAGUGUCGGCUGGACUAUCGCCGCCAGGAGAACCGGGCGCUCUUCGUGGUGCUGUUCAAGCAUGCUCAGUACCUCGAGGCGCGCGCCUGCACGCGCACUGCCCUGGAAGUGUCGAAGCUGCUGCUGGCGCUGGACCCUGUCAAUGAUCCUCUGGCCGUAAUCCUGGUGCUGGAUUACUAUGCCAUCCGUGCGAAGCAGUAUGAGUGGCUGGUGGAGCUGUACAACGAGUGGGAGAGCUCCAACAAUCUGUCUCAACUGCCCAACAUGGCCUUUUCCUACGCUCUGGCCCUCUUCUUCAUCCACAAAGAUGAUGACUGCUCAGGCGCCGAUGCGGCUCUUCAGUACGCCCUACUUAUGUUCCCCGGAAUCCUGAGACCUCUACUCGACGCUCUGUCCAUUCAGGUGGACUCCAGGGCGAAUUCCCACAGCUACUUCGGCCCCUUGGCCACCAGCAGUCAGCCGGCGGCUCUGCAACAACUCGCCUCGCUCUACAUCUGCCGCUCCAAAGUCAUCUGGCGCGACGCUGAGAUCCUGCCGUGGCUGGAGCGCAACGUGGCCGUGGUGCUGGAUCGCGUGGAUGCCAAGGAUGAACUCGUGGCGGAAUUCGCCACGAAGAGAUCACAGCGCUACGUGAGCCCGCCGCGAGCCAUCCUGCGCCACAUCGUGCUGUCGGACUACAAGGAGAAGGUCCCUUUGGCGCCCUUCAUAGCCAAGGAGAACGAGCCCAUCCUCAUGUACGAUCCCCUGCCGCCACAGGACGCCAUCAACAUCUACACGCGCCCCAAUUUGUCGCCCACGAACAACGUUCUGCUGCAGAACACAUCGCCGCUCUCCAUGUUCUUCCAGAGCCUGCUGCCCAGCUUUUCCAUGAACCAGCCGGCGGGGGCGGCGGCCGGGGCGGCAGCGGGGGCGAACAGGGCCGCUGCUGAGGCGGAUGAACCCGCCGACGAGGCGGCAGGCUUUCAAUCCUACACGGAAUUCCGCAACUCGCUCAACUCCGUCGUGGACGCACUGAGGGACUUCCUGUCCAACAUUCGCGUCCCAGAGCGCCCCAAUGACGCCGAUGUGGAUGAGAAUGAGAGCACGGAGGAUGAGGCGAAUGACUACUUGACAUAAGAAGCUCUGACUCGCGUUGAUGUGUAAGUUUCUCUUGUGAUUUUCAUUUUUUUGUAAACUUUAAUCCCCAAACUGUCCAGUGUCUACUAAGAUCGUGAGAAUAGUCAUCCCGUGGGCAGGGAGUUUUGAAGAUCAUCUUCCCAAUGGGCUGGAGUUGGGACUUGAGCGUCAAUGAGAGUGUGAUUCAUUAACGGAAUUCAAGAAUUAUUCUUUGCACGUCAAUUAAAACGGCUUUACUGAAGUUUUUUGUAGAAGACUUUCUUCUUGCCAACACACACACACAUUUUCUUCCCAUCCCAGUGAAGAUGCUUCAAGACUCUCUGCGUGUGUGUUUUUCGUUCCAGUAAA